UUCUUGAAAUGGUAGGGCUAGGAAACAGCUGCCGAGGGAUGAAGUCUCCACCUCUUCUCGUGGCUGCGCUUGUGGCGUGCAUCAUUGUUUUGGGUUUCAAUUACUGGAUUGCAAGUUCUCGCAGCGUGGAUCUGCAGGGUCGGAUCAUGGAUCUGGAAGGCAAAGUCCGCAGGGCAGCAGCAGAAAGGGGCGCCGUGGAGCUCAAAAAGAAUGAAUUCCAAGGGGAGCUAGAGAAGCAGCGACAGCAGAUCGACCAAAUCCAGUCCUUGCACAGCUUUCAGAUGGAAAAUGCCAACAGAGUACAUCAGGAAGAGAAGGCAGUGCUGAUGAGUAACAUCACAGUAAAUGAACGAUUGAUCCAGAGUCUACGAGAACACUUGAAAGAGUUACAGACAGAAUAUGGAAAGCUACAGCUGGAUGUUUACUGGUUUCAGAAGAACCAGACUAACCUUCAGAGGAAGUUCUCAUAUGACCUCUCACAGUGCAUCAACCAGAUGAAAGAAUUAAAAGAACAAUGUGAAGAAAGGAUAGAUGAGCUUACAAAAAAGGGUAGUGAUGUACCACAAAUCAAAGAAAACAAAGACUUCUCAGAAGACUCAAAAAAAAAUAGCCAGGUUAAUACUCAGCUGCCACCCUUGAAGCAAACUGAGUUCAAGCAGGCUGAGUUGGAACAGCAGAAACACGGUGAAGAUGUACCUAAAGCAGUACCUACAGUAAAAAAGAUAGACCCGCUGCAGGCUAAAGAAAGAAUAAAUGGCUUAGCUGAAAUCAGAAAACAGGAGCCUAAGGCAGAAGAGGAGAAACUUUCUAGUGAACUGAAAACCCCACAGGAUUCACUCAAGGCUGCUGCAGGUCAUAAGGAGAUGCUGCCCGAGUCAGAGAAGGAGCUGAAUCCAUCUGAAGAUGAAAAACAUGUAGCAGGGCAAGAUGCGUUACAGCCGGCAGCAGAACAGGCUGCCAGUGAGGAAAUUGAGAGGGAGCAACUCCUAAAUGAUGACGCUAAGCAGGAUGACUCGCCCCCUGGAAAGGCUGACAAACAGGAACAGGAACUGAAUCAGGACAAGGAUGUUGAUUACAAUUUAGAUGAGAAUGAAGCUGAAUCAGAAACAGACAAGCAAGCAGCACUUGCAGGCAUUGAAAAUGUUCAAAAUCCUGAAGAUAGGAAGAACCACUUACGUGAGCAAAGUGAAGAACAACAGAGAUUGUGAACAAAGGCGGUUCAUGAUGCAACUUAGUCACCUCUUCACAUAAAUGCAGCAAUGAAGAGAACAAAGUGAUCUGAGACUGUUCUGAUUAUCUUCUCAAGGCUUUGAUAAGGGCCCAAAUGAAGUAGUAUUUUCUUGUGAAAUUUUAGUACUGUUUCAGUGGUGAAAAAAAAUUUUAAAUCUCUGGAGGCUUGUUUUAAAGCAGCUUGACCUCUGCUGUGACUCUUUCCUUCCUACCAAUUAUAAAAUUGAAACCAGCUAACAGUAAGUGUAGUAACUUUGAAGUCAGCUAACUUUGUACAGUCAUACUAUGAUAACAAUGUGUAGAUUGGUGGUAGAUGAGAGACAGUCCUCUGCCAAGGAUGGAUCUCUCCCCUGAACAAUGCAGUAGAGAAAUCUCCAGCCUACUUUUAAGAAGAGUUUAAGAGGAGCUAACUUACCUUGACAAAACAUGGAUGAAAAAUGGCCCAUGCUGCAGUCUGCCCUUGUGACUAUUCUAGCACCUUUUUACUGCAAUGUAGGUAGAGUGAGAAAGCAUGAUAGUCCUCAGAUAUUAUGCAGUAUGAUAUUUUCCUGGGCCUCCUAAAUGAAAUUGCUAGGUUACACUAUCUGUAACCAGGCUGAAACUGUCCUGGUUGUGUUCUUGGCUUUUAGGUUAAAAAAAAAAAGGAUUCUGACAACAGUCUCUUCUCAUUAAAAGAUUAGCAGGAAGAUUUUUCUGAAAGCUUUGUUGGACUCCCGUUCACAAGAUCAGUACUAGGGUAUGGUUCCGUUACCACUAACUUGCACAAGUUCAGAGUGUAAAAAUUGGAACUCGCAAACUUUUCAUGACAGAAGCCAUCUGAAAUCAUGUGCUAUGACCAGCCUUUACUCCACCCAGCCACUGUCUUCUGCUAAAAAGUAGAAAGGCAAAUGCUUGCCUUGUGGAACAGCAGUCUCAGCUGUUCGAAGUGACUAAUCUUCUCUGCUGGACUUUUGAAGAAGGUAAACCAGACUAUGCAUUUACCAGACAUCUCAAUGUCUCCCACAGAUGAAGCUGUAGUUGUGAAGUCCUAUGUUAUGCACAAUAUUGAUAAUGUUCUGUAGUCUUUGUCUUUUCUGUAACUUGCUGAAUGUGAACUAGAAACUAGUUUUACUUGAGAUAAUCUAGAAAUACCCUCUACUACCACUAAGGCACCUGUAACUGCAAUCCCACCUGCAUUGUGUGUAGCCAGCUGUUUUGAAGAUGGUAUUUCUGUCUGUUCUCACAACUGACACCUGUGUUUGCAGCAGUCUGUCUUUGCAAGCAUGAACCAACCUCUGUUGAGACAGUGUGGGAGCAGACACGACUAACUUCCCAACCAGCAAUUCCAUUUAAAAAACCACAAAUUUUUCUUGGCUGUCUCUUAAUGGACUUCAUUUUGUAACUAUUUGUGUGGUGUGUCAUUCCUCAGUGUACUAGUUUAAAACCCCUAAACCUUAAGAUGCCCAAAUACGCAAGUGGAAGGCUGGUUCUUUUGUGUAUGUAAAGAGUAUUAGUUGUCAUUGAGUGAAAGGCAGAGCUUAAGUCAAAUGGUGACUAUUAAGCCUCAGUAUGUAAACAGGUCACUGAUUGGCUCUCCACAUAUAACUUGAAUUCUUCUAAGAAAAGCACUAACUUCCAUUACUGAGUUCUUGGUUACUUAAAUGGUGAAAAAAACAGAGUAAGUUGGACUUAACUGGUCUGGGUUACUACAGUCAGUAUAGCAGGGAAAACAAAUGCUUGUAAGCAGGAGAUAAAAGGAGGUAUAAGCAUAUCUUUUAACUGACAAGUAUUGGGAAACUUGAGCUAUUUAUUGUUAUUUUUUGCAAAUAAUGGCAUGUUUUAACAUCAAAAUGUUUACACAUACUCUGAGUAAAAGGGGCAUUUUCUUAGGGUGUACUCUGUAAACAAUUACAUAGCUGAGAUGAAGUUAAUCAGGAAUUUAAUAGUGAUUGUUAAAAAGCAUAUAUUCUAACAGUAUAAAAUGUACAGUGAAACACUGUAUUCAAAUUGAAUGAAUGCUUUUAACUUGAAACUGGUAAAAUCUCAGACAAAAUCCUUGAGGUAAUUAAUAUACUGCCAGAGAAUUCUUUUAAAACAAAUUGUUUUGGCUAUGUAUCUGUACAGUACCCAAACCUGACUGGACUUCUUGAUAGCCAGCUAGAUGAUGUCCUCUCCAUAAACAAGACCAGCUUUGUACAAAGCACACUUGUUCGACCUCAGGCAGUAGGGGGUUUGAAAACCUGGGUAAGAGCAAUGUUCAAAAGCGUAAAGGAAUACAGUCUUAUUGUCAGUGGCUUCAGGUGGCUACAGGAAUGUAGCUAAGUUAGUAGAUUUGUAGUAAACAAGGGGCCUGUAUGUCUACUAUCUAGAAUUUUAAAAUUAAAGGACUGUCAGUUGAACAAAAUGAGAUUCAUUUGGAACUGUGGUUUAUAUAGUGUUGUGUAUCACUAAGAUUUUUAGUUGCAUGAGGCAGGGAAAGCAUCUUUGCUGUAAUCAUUGUGGGGUUAAAUUAACACUUAUCCUUGAUUUUUUUUAAAAACUAAGCCUGAUCCAUUUUAAAAUAAAAAUAAUCUUUGCUGUGUA